AUGGGCGCCACAACCUUAAUCCUCCUCGACGUUCAAAACGGCAUAAUCGACAUGCUCGGCCGCGUCGAGAUGGAGCCCUACCUCGAACACCUCGCCUCCGCCCUCUCCGCCGCCCGAAGCAGCGGGAUCAAAGUAAUCCAUGUCAUCACGGCUUUCCGCCCCGGCUACCCCGAAGCACACCCCACCAACGCCUCCUUCGCCCACGUCAUGCAGCACGGACUCUUCCAAGUCGGAGAUCCGGCCAUUGAGGUGCACGCCGCUGUGGCGCCGACGCCAGAGGAACCGGUCGUCACGAAGCGCCGUGUCUCGGCUUUUACGGGGACGGAGCUGGAGAUGAUUCUGCGGUGUACCGGGAGCGACCAUAUUGUUGUUGCCGGCCUUAUUACCAGGGGCGGUGCUGUCGACUGUGCGAUCGGCGAUGGAUUUGGAUUUGCGGAUUACGACGAGGAGGUUCAUCGGGUGUUGAUGGAUAAGGUGUUUGAGAGGAAGGCGGAGGUUAUUACUGGGAAGGAUUGGGCUGCGAAGCUUACGGAGUAG